UGCUUUGAAGUGUUUUCACACAUGGAAAUUGCCGCUGAGCAAAGCCACAUAAAUUAAGGUUGAGGCUACACGACAUUCACACGGACUCAGAACUCGCGGCAGAAAGAAAAUGGUGAAAGGAAACUUUUCAAUUGAUUGGCUCGCUCGAAGUAGCCACGAGGUGUGUAACGAGAAGAAGCCCGCUGAAGGUUCUCCGGGGAGUUGCAAACCAAGUGCGCCCCUCACUCAGAAUUCGCCCCCAGGAGACUCCACUGUUUCCUGUCUACAAGCACUACCAGGUCAGGAGGAUUACUGGAGCUCGGAGAGUGAUUCCGGCCGUUCGGAGGGCUUGGCUGGGGAUGACCGAGGGAGAAGCGUGGACUCUGAUUGCGAUUGUGACGUCCCCCGCCGAGUGCGCACCGCAUUCACAGCACAGCAGAUCCACAAGCUGGAAAAGAAGUUCAAGCGGCAGACGUACCUGGGGGCGUCCGAGAGGAGCAAACUGGCCGCUUUACUACACCUGUCCGAAACCCAGGUGAAGACUUGGUUUCAGAACCGUCGAAUGAAGCUAAAACGCCAACUACAGGAUCUGUGCUCGGUUUCCUUUGGCACUCCUGCUUUGACCCAUUCGGUGCCGAUCAGAGAGCCGCUCUUCGGCCCGUGCACGUUCCCCGGGUACUACGUGAACGAUCACGGCGUCCUCCACGCCACCAGUGGCCCCCAUCGCCACCCACGGCCCGUCUACCCGCAGCUGAUCCACGGCCACAGUCCGAGUGCGGAGCGGAGCCUCUCGCGGUAUCAGCCUUGGGUUUACCCGCUGAUACCGAACUCCUCUCCAGUUGGAUUACAUGUCUAUUCCUGAGCGCUGUCAUGGCGCAGCAGUCCUGAACUGACGGAUUUGUUCUUCAGAAAGCGAAGGCGUGGCGUACCGUUAGCCAAGUUGGUAAAUGUGAGAUGACGUGCUGGUUUAUUUAAAACUCUAUUUAA